UGCUUUUUCUGGCGAGAUCGCGAUGUAAACACGCGAAACUUGCGUUGUGAUCGGCUCCUUUUCACUUAGGUGCAGAUAUGGUGUCGGCCCUUCGGCGCAAGAUUGCAGAACAGAUAUGCCAGACGGCGACACGCCUGGCGAGGUGUCGCGAUGAGCCCUCCGCCCAUCGCUUUCUUCCGCUCGUGAAAUUGAAGACGGACAAGAGCUGCAGCGCGCCGUUCCUGGCCAUUUCUGAAUCGGAACUUGGUGGGGCGCUUGGAAUCGGCGCCGAAGAGCUUAGAGGAUCACUGAAAACAGACUUGGAAAAUGUGUGGCAGCUAUCCAAGGCCGUUUUGUCUGAGGCAGGAGAGCUGUCCGUGCACCUUGACCGUGCCACCUUUCUCCAGGAAUCUCUCUCCAAAGCUGGCUGCCCACCGUGCCUCGUGCCUUCUCUGCGCUUUGUGGUGGACUUCAGCUCUCCCAAUGUGGCCAAGCCAUUCCACGUCGGCCACUUGCGCUCCACUGUGCUGGGCCACAGCCUCUGCAACCUGUUGAGCUUUGCUGGGCACCAUGUCACUCGGCUCAACUACCUCGGAGACUGGGGCACCCAGUGCGGUCUUCUAAUAGCCGGUUUCAGAAAAUAUGGCAGUAAUGAGGAGCUCAUUAAGGAUCCACUCAAACACCUUCUUUCAGUCUAUGUUGCUGCCAAUGCAGAAGCAGAGAAGAACCCUGGAUUUCGUGCUGAAGCUCUUGAGAAUUUUGCCAACCUUGAAGCUGGUCAACCUGAGGUGCUUGAUCAGUGGCAGAAAUGGCGGCAGCUGAGCUUGGACAGCUAUGACCUGCAGUACAAGCGCUUGGGUGUCUCCUUCGAUGUGCUGGAUUCAGAAUCCAGGCAUAGCCAUGCUGCUCUUCAACUAUUGGACAGGCUGCACUCAGAAAACAGGCUCGCUUCUCGAGGAGAUGGAGUCCUGGGCAUCGGUUGUGACGAGUUUGUCCCGCUUGCAAAGAGUUCUGGAGCGAGCCUUUAUCUGACCAGGGAUGUGGGGGCUGCCUUGGAAAGAAAGGAGAGGUACAACUUUGACUGGGCUUAUUAUGUGGUGGAUCGCUCGCAGGCAGAGCACUUCCGACGGCUGGCACUUGUGCUGAAGCAGCUGGGUGUAGAGUGGUCUGACCGAGUGCAGCAUGUGUCUUUUGGUCGCAUACGGGGCGUCAGCAGUCGCAAAGGGGUUGGCGAGGGAAUGUUGCUGGACGACUUGCUGAAUGAAGCUGUGCAUCGUGCACGUCAUUCCAUGGAUCAGGCACCCACAACACGAGUGCAAGACGAGACAUCUGCCCAACUUGUGGCUGAGCAGCUUGGGCUGGCAGCCGUUGUGGUAAACUUUCUUCGUGGUCGGCGAAACCGGGACAUCACUUUUGACUGGCAUCAGGCGCUGCACGCAGCCGGCGAUUCGGGCGUCUCGCUUCAGUAUGCACAUGCCAGGCUGUGCAGUCUCGAGGAUAAGGCUGGUUUGUCCGUGGAGAGGGAAGUUGCAGUGGAUCUCUUGCAAGAGCCUUGCGCACUUGCUCUGGCUGUCCAAGUAGCCAGGUUUGAAGAAGUGGUGUGCAGUGCAGUUCACCAGCUGGAGCCCUGCAUUGUGACGCAGUACCUGUUUGUCCUUAGCCAUGCCAUCGGACGAGCCGCCAAGGAGCUUCCUGUCAAGAAUCAAGCAGUGCCCUUGGCACAGGCGAGGCUUCUACUUUUCCACGCUGCAAGAGUGACACUUGCACAAGGGAUGCGGCUUCUAGGUGUUGAGCCACUGAAAGCCAUGUAGAUAUUUUAUUAAAGUUCACAUGUUCAACUCACGGCA